AACAACGUAAGGUCUGAAUAGGGUUAAGAUGCAAGUAAACCAUCCAGGUGGAGCGCUGUAGUACAUGUAUUCUGUAUGUCGUAAAUCCAAUGAAGCUAUAGCUAGCAUUUAGGAUGUUUCAUCAAAACGUGACAAUAUCUUUAUUUCAACAUGUAGGAACACAAAAAUAGGCUGGCAAUGACCUUGGUGGGUGGGGAAAAAAUAAAAAAAUUAAACAAACAGAGAAAAUGUGAAAAGAUCAUAGGUCCGGUUGUGAGGCAGAAAUAGUAGCCGGGAGAAUUGACGGUUGAAUUCCCGUUGAUUUUAUGUUUAAACGGACUUAGAGUCAGCGUAUUGAAUAAAUAACUUUUGAAACGAGUGAAAAAAAUUCCUGUGUUUUAUUUUAGAAUUGUAAUCUCCGUACAAUGGUGGAGCUCAAGCCUAUAGAACUUGGGAAAGAGGAAGAUGAUCAAAUCAAUGAAUCAACUGCUAAAACAUGUACCAACGGUUUAUUAAUGGCCACUGGUGUGGUUGUGAUAGGCAUCGUCAAUUAUUUAACAAAAAUCUCCCUGCCGUGUUUGUCAACAGACGCUCUAGCCUUGCUUGCAGUAGUUUGUGGGCUACUAGGAUUAUUGUAUCAAGGCAUGACAAUUCAUAUGCAAAACAAAAUAAAAAUGUUAGAAAAACAGCAAAAAGAAAGAGAACGAAGUAUGAAGGAAAAGCAAAGGCAAGAAGAAGAGCAAAAAGAAGAAGAAAGAAACUUAAAAGAAAAACAGAGGCUACAGGAAGAGGAAGACGCUACAAUGAGACGAAAAGAGAAACUUAAAAACGACCUAAAAAUUUGUUUUGAGGAUGUUCGCGAUGCUAUGUUGGUAUGUAGUACAAAUACUGAGAAGGAGCAAUCGAAUGUUAAUUAUUAUCUAGACGUUGACGAAAUGCGUUUGAAGCUAGAAGCAAUCAAACAAGAUAUAAAUGACGCAUUAUCCCAAUUUAGCACUUUACACAGCGAAAAAAGAACAGUUAUAUCAGAAUCUUCUGAUGUUCUUGAACAGAUGAAUGUAAUUACCAGCUUCAAUAAAGAGGCUGAAGCAAUGAAAGAGGAGCUGAAACUAUAUCAGAAAAGAUUGGAAGAGGUAAAAACAGUUUAUGGCGCAACAUCAUAUGGUCGACUUGCAAGAAAAGUGAAAUCUAAAUCAGUUCUCAUUAAAGAAGAAAACAGUCUUAAAUUGUAUAAAUUACCAGUAAAAUUGAUCGACUCGGAUCCAACGAACAAGCUCAGACUCUACGAGUUAGGUCGGGUAAAUCCAUUGAAAUCAAACAAAUAUAUAAUGAUGGCAGGAAUGACAGGUGCUGGAAAAAGUUUGCUAAUUAACAACAUAAUUAAUUACGUGUAUGGCGUGACAUACAGAGAUAAAUUUCGCUUUCAGUUGAUUGUUGACGAAGAAGAGAUAAAAGAACGUGGGCCAAAUGCUUCAAGGAGCAAAGCAGAAAGCAUGACUAGUUGGGUUAGCAGUUUUGUCCUGCAUCAUGAUGAAGGAUUUCGAAUUAAUCAUAGCUUGACGAUCAUUGACACACCUGGUUUCGGUGACACACGUGGCAUAAAAUACGAUGAAAUGAUAAUUGACCAAAUACGUAUGUUUUUUGAUAGUGAAAAUGUAUGUCCAGUAAAAGAACUUUCUUGUAUUGGACUUGUGAUACAAGCAAGUCAAGCAAGAAUAACGGAAGAGCAAAAAUACAUUUUUGAUCAAGUUUUAAACAUCUUUGGCAAAGAUAUGACAGACAAUAUAUUUUUGUUGUUUACAUUUGCCGACGCUCAAGCACCUCCUGCUUUGGAAGUUGUAAAGAAUAACAAAAUUCCAUUUAAUGAAGAUGCUACUUUCAAGUUUAAUAAUUCAGCAUUGUAUGCUCCGAAUAAUGAUGUGGCUAGCGAUCACUCUUGGGUAUUUGGUUACGAUAGUUUGGAAAGGUUUUUCGAUUAUUUGAGUCAGAUCGUUUCGACAAGUUUGGAUCUGACAAAAGAAGUGCUCAGUAAAAGAGAUGGUUUAAAAUCUUUAUUGGAAGGCCUACAAAGGGAAAUUGACAGAGGGAUGGACAUGCUUCAGUGCAUUGAAAAUAUGAUUAACGACAUCCUUGCACUCAAAGGCACCAUGAGAGCAAACAAGGAUUAUAAAAUCAAGUCAAAGAGGUAUCCCCAAACAACGAAAGUUAUUAAUCACAAUAUAACAAAUUGUAAGGCCUGUAUGUUUACCUGCCAUGAUCCAUGCAACAUUCCUGGAGAUGACAAAAAAAGUUGUGCAUCUAUGAAAGGCGGACAGUGUGUUGCUUGUCCUGGAAAAUGUCCUUGGGAUAGUCACUCAAACGGUGAUAGAAUUUAUGUUUAUGAUGAGAUCGAAGUUGAAGAUACAGUUGAAGAUAUGAUGGAUAGAUAUCAAAUUGCGAUGAAUGACAAAAAUGGUAAAAAGAAGCUCUUAUUAAGCAUGCUAGAUGAAUACCGUGUAUAUAGAGAAAGAGUUUUUAACGACAUUCGCGCAGCUUCUGAUGCUGCUAAAUCCUUAGAAGAAAUAGCACUUCGUCAAAGUUUUCUAACAAAUGUGACAUAUAUUGAAAGGUUAAUCAAAUCCGAAGAAGCCAGCAGUCGACCCAACAAGAAAGUACGUCUUGAGCAGUUGCAUUACUUUAUAAAAAUAGCUGUAACUCUACAGCAGGCACGUACAGAUCCAAACAGUCUCACUUCGAGGGUUAGCGGCUACGAAGACACCAUUUUGGGGGCGAUCGAUAACAUCAAAGAUGAAAUAGAGGACGGUCAUUCCUACUUUCCAUCCAAUUACGCUUCAGCCACUAAAAGUGAUUUUAGUAGAAAACGAAAAGUGAACAAAAAACCAGUACCAGAAAGUAAAGGAGGAUUAUUCGGAUUUAUCAGAAGCGCAGUAACAAAUAACUAUUGAGACCUUUUUGAGCCAUUUACGAGAGGGGAAAAGGGGGGUCUAAACCACCGCCCUCCCUUCCGCCUUCAUCCAGAUUUUUUUUUAGUAACGAAGAAACCAAUGAGGCGUAUCGGUCCGAACAUAUAAAAUAUAUGUCUGCAAUUGAUUCUUAUGUAAGGUGAUACGAUUUGUGCUUUCAUCCUAUCUUAUAUUUUAUUGUUCUUACUCACAGUUUUUUCCUCACGCGUCCAAAAUCAGUGAUAUUGAAAUAUAGUAAAAUUAAUGACUUUAUCAACCUCUUUUUGUCUAAUUGUAUUUGUUUCCUCAAACGUUUCUGCAUAAAAUUUUUUUGGUAAGAAAUUUCUGGCGAUAAAAAAAGUUAAUUUUGCUGGAACUAAUUUUUGGUGAUGAUCAAAAAAUAUAUAACACUUAAAGAAGCUACAAAACGGCCUGGUGAUUUUUGACUUUAGGGACUUACACGAAAGUCACGCCGAUGGUUGUGAGUAACAGAUUUAAGCAAAUUGUAACAUUUUUUACGAAAUAUUACUUAUUAUGUACCGUAUUACACGCUAUCGAAUAAUCUGAAAUAUUACCUAUUACAUAUCUGUAGAAACAACCUCUUUCCCGGCGCCUUUUGUUUAUUUUUUUAUCGAAACGGCGAGACAACUGGCGUUGGGAACGAGGUUGCUCUUAAUGAAAUUCACAAAGCAGAAGAUAUGUCAUUGUAGUGUAACAGCCCUGAAUUUUUUG